CUUCAACAGCCAGCAACAUGGUUCAGUGGACAGACUUUGAGCGCGCCACCAUCCAGAGCGUCUUCGAGAAGAUGGACUACGAUGACGUAGGCCCCGCGGCUCUUUCCAGGUGUCUGGUCGUGUACCCCUGGACCCAGAGGUAUUUUGGUAACUUCGGAAACCUGUACAACGCCGCUGCCAUCCAGGGAAACCCAAUGGUCGCCGCUCACGGAAAGACGGUCCUGCAUGGACUGGACCGGGCUGUCAAGAACAUGGAUGACAUCAAGGCCACCUACGCAGAGCUGAGCGUGCUGCACUCCGAGAAACUGCGCGUGGAUCCCGACAACUUCCGGCUGCUGGCUGACUGCCUUACUAUUGUCGUUGCUGCGAGAAUGGGUGCUGCCUUCACCGCUGACGUCCAGCGUGCUUUCCAGAAGUUCCUGGCGGUGGUGGUGAGCUCCCUUGGCAAACAGUACCACUAGAGCAAACAGUACCACUAGAGCAAACAGUACCACUAGAACCCCUCCACUCAGAGACGGACGACCAUCAGAGA